AUGUUCGAAGAUAUUGCAACAUUUAAUAUUCUUGCUGACCUUGAGACUAUCGCCAGUCUACUGAGUACAGAUGGCUCUAAUUGCUACUAUCCUGAUCUAACAACUGCCGGACAUCAGCUUUCAAAUUCAAUGCCCACUCCGAAUCCUUCCCAGUCAUAUUAUCCUCCUCCCGUUACUCCAGUGCCCCAAGUCAUGGUUCUUCUCUGCUCUUCCCCCGACAUUUCAGUCAGUCCAUCAGCCUCCAUUUAUUCACCAGACUACAUUUGUAAUUCCGUCACGUCUUCUCCUGCUUCUUUGAGUUCUCCGCCUCAACCAAUGCCAUCAAUAAAUGCGAAACCGAGAAAGAAGCGAGUCAAAGUCCAGCAAGUCCGAAACAAGAAGUCAAAGUAUUGUCCCUGCAAAGACUGCAUAACUGCACGCUUCGAGCGAAAAAUCCGACCGAGAAGCUCCCGUCAUCCCUGCAUCGUCCCAGACUGUAAAAGCUCCUUUGCUCGACCUUGCGGGCUGAAAACUCAUCUCCUUCUCCACGAAAAAGGAGAUCCGAGCCAGCUUCAAUGUUUCAUCUGCGCCUCUCUGGCCUUUUCAACCCGUGACACUCUCAUCGAACACGUUCUUGAUCAUGAAGCUAUGUCAACUGGAUUUGUUAAUCCUGCUCUCCCUUUACCUCCUGUUUAUGAUACUUUUGUUGACCCGAGUUUACCAUUCGACUACUCUUCAUAUUCGUAUUCCAUGUAA